AUGGGGGCUAAAUUCACCAUCUGCUGCUGUCACUACUACCUGAGACACAACAGAGAGGAGAAGAAUGCUAUUCUGCGUAUUCGUACCAGUGCAGCCCCCAGACCCCCGGACCUGUUGCCCAGUGAGUCCAGUGACAGUGACACAGAGGAGGAGAGUCUCUUUGGGCCGGACACUUCGAGAUGGAGCCUGUGGAGCAACAAGAGCCAGAGGGGCACCUCUGAUCCACAGUCCAACACAAACAGACCCCGCGGUUCUCCCCUCAGGCGAGAAUCGGACAGAGAGUUACAGGCCUUUAUCAGCAUGAGAGACCAGGCUGACAAGGCUACAGAGGAAUGGGAGAAGCUGAAUUAUGACAUACACACUUUGCGCUACGCAAAACGAGAAGUACAAUCUCGAUGGAAGAAAAUCCUGGUGCAGCUAGGUUAUCAGUGUGAGGUGGACGCCCUGCUGUGUGUGGACAAACGGAGGUUCAGUCGAGAUCAGGAGCAUCACAACAGAACCACGGAACUGUUGAAACAGCUGCUGGACCACACCUCUCUGUUCCCUCCUGGGACGGGGCCCCAGAACAGAUACCUCUGUGUCAUGGACUGCCUGGUGUCACUGGACAGUGCUGAGGAGUUUGUCAGACUGGCCAAAAAGAAAUAUCCCAAGCAAUAA